UCGCAACCAUCGUUCCUGACCGCUUCUUUCAUACUGUCACUGAUCUUUUAGCCUCUUCUCUUGCUUCCCAGUUCACACAGACGCACAGUCCCCUACAUGCUUUCUUUACUCAUUCAAUGAACCAGACGCAGAGCCCUUUGCUUUCUCUAUUCAUCUCUCUCAUUCCAUGAACUAGAUAUGAAGACGAAAGACAUGAUAGUGGGAGAAAGUGGCGCUGCCUUGGACGGAAGAUUGGCUGGCGGCGAGCACAAUCUCUGGUCAGAUCCAGCUGAAUAAGGGAGAAGGAGGUGAAGAGCUUUGACAACUCAUAAAGCAGAGCAAAGGAGAUGGGAGGAUCGGCCACCAUAAUCGUGAAGACUGAAGAGAGAGAAGACUGAUGCAAGCAUCAAAUGCUCCCAACGUCUCACAGCUCAGUGCUGUGUGUUCGUGACUUUGGUUUGAACUUCGUGGAGGAAGGACACGAUCAGAAAGAGUGUUGAGGUGGCAGAUGCUUGGGCUUCUGUAGUGCAAAUUAGAAAAUACCGAAGUAGAGGAUUUGGGUUUGAUCCAAAUAUUUGAUUUUUAGGGUUGAAUUUACCAAUUCCUUGAUUUUCUCUCAUCUCAACCAAAUCUUUGAUAUUUGAAUUCAUAAAUCUCUUAGACAUCUGCAACUUCUCCCUAAAAAAAAAAUCUUACAAUCACUUCCAGUUUCAUCAAUGGCUAACUUCGUUCCAGUUUCUUCCCCAGUUUUCAUAUCGACUGAUAGCUUACACUCCAUCCUCUCCCAUCAAACUUUAAUCAAUCACUUCCAAUCUUCUCUCACCAAAACCUCAGCCUCAAUCCAGUCGCCAAUACGUCAAAGCUACGAGGUUUCUCCUUCUUCCUCUCUCCUCCUCAUGCCCUCUUGGUCGUCAUCUCCUUCUUUCCCUUACAUGGGCGUCAAGCUCGUCACCCAUUUCCCGCAGAACUCUGCAACUAACUUACCAGGCGUACAGGCAACCUAUGUUCUCUUCAGUUCCAGCACAGGGCAGCCGCUGGCAUCCAUAGAUGCCACUGAAUUGACCCUUUAUCGAACCUCGUGUGUCUCUGGUUUGGCUUCAAAAUAUCUGGCUAGACCAGAUAGUCGAGUCCUCGUGAUGGUGGGCGCGGGAGCUCUGGCACCCCAUUUGAUCCGAGCCCAUCUUUCAGCGAUACCCAGUUUGAGGAAAGUAGUUAUCUGGAAUCGGACAGCGGAGAAGGCAAGAACGUUGGUCGACAGAAUACAAGAAAGUAAUGAUGGGAGUUUUGAAGGGGUGAGCUUCGAGAGUAAUGCGUGUUUGGAUGAGAUCAUCGGACUCGGGGAUAUUGUGAGUUGUGCGACCAAUUCGGAGAUUGCUCUUGUGAAAGGGGAGAAGUUGAAGGUUGGAACUCAUUUGGAUUUGGUGGGUUCGUUCAAGCAUUCGAUGAAGGAAUGCGAUGAUGAGGCCAUUAGGAGAGGAAGAGUGUUCGUGGACAAUGAGGCUGCAAUUGUGGAAGCAGGAGAAUUGGUAGGUGCUUUACAGAGAGGGGUGAUUAAGAAGGAAGAUAUUGUGGCAAAUUUGGCGGAGUUAGCUGCGGGAGACAAGGUUGGGAGAAGAAAUUCUGAGGAAAUAACUGUAUUUAAGUCUGUAGGUUCUGCUGUUGUGGAUAUCCUUGCUGCACAGCUGGUGUACGAGAUAUACACAAGAGUAUCUGAGUGAUAGGAAUGUGUCUAUUAGAGUCUAGUUUCUGCUGAUUAGGCUGGUAUAAUCCAUGAAGUAAGUGUUGAAUAAGGCCAAGGAAGGGAGGUUUUUGAUGUGUGCUGCUGUGCUGUUUGAUUUGUAUAAUAAAUGGCUCACUUGGAAGUGAACAAAAAGAUGUCCGAAAGUCUAUCUAUCUGAGGAUGGCAUUGCACUUUCAGAAAUGUCUUCUGGAAAUUCUAUGAAUGUUUACAUGUUAAAAAAUCUUCAUCACCAUAGCAUCAAGUUUUUGCACAAGUUUCUUGUCACAUGAUUGUGCUUGUAAGUUCAGUGAACCCAGAUAGGUAUAUCUGCCUAGAGCCUAGUUGAUUAGGGUGAUACAAUCCAUGAAGUUAGUAUCAAUAAGGUCAUGGAAAGUAGAGUUUUUGUGUGGUGCUGUGCUAUAUGAUUUAUGUUACAGAUGGAACCUUAAAUUUCUCUAUUUAUGGCAUUAUGAAUUUUGGAA